UGUUGGCGGCUCAGAGCAGCGUAUUGUCGGCAUGUACCGCCAUCCAUCAAUGUCUUGGGAGCUUGCCAGUGGCAGUGUCUUUGGGCGCAUCAUGCAGCGUCCUUUUGACUCCAAUCUUGCCUUUCGCAAGUCACCCUGACUCGAGCAACCAUCCAUCUCUUAGGAGGCUCACGUCCCAGUAACAGCUUGUCACGCCGCAGUCGAUCGGUAUAAUACGGUAAGCCUCGUUGGCUCGCUCCUUCACUCAUCAACCUUCCUUACCCACCCCUUGUUUGCCACUCAAUGUCACCCGGUCGCGCGCUCGCACGAGCUAUGGGCCGCGUGCAAUCGCAGUCCGGGCGCUCAUGGAAUCAGUUCAUCCGCGCCAUCCUGCUCGUCUUCAAGCGCCUGCUCGAGAACCCGCAGGUCUCUGAGCUGCUGAGAUUCAUGUUCCUGGGGACCAUCGUCGAGACGAGUCGAGUCAUCGGCGCUAAGAUGGUUUCCACGGUCAACAGCUUCUUCCUCGUCAAAGCGUCCUUCAAGCAGGGGGAGCUCAGCUACGAAUGGGUCACGGCGUACCUCAACCACCACAAGGUGUGGAACCGGUCCCGCACGUUCCGCGUGAACGCGCGCAACGCCAAGGUCGUGGCGAACAGCGAAUUCGCGCUCGCGACCGGCGACGGGUACCCCGACAUCGUGUAUGAGCCGGACAACAGCGAGCCGGAACUGUUCUUCUGGCGCCGCCGGCACUGGAUCACGAUCAACAAGAUCGAGAACGAGGGCGCGUCGAGUCUGACGCUCCAGGUGUGGAGUCGGAAUCGGAAGGUCCUCGACGAGUUCGUGCAGGAGGCGCGCGCAUUCUACAAGACGUCGCCGGUGCCGCCGCCGCGGCAGGACUACGACUGGUCGCAGUCGCUCAUCAUCGCACACUUCAACCAGGCUGAUUUCAGCUUCGACUGGGUGCUCGACUACCUGCAGUCGUCGAACGUGAUGGCCGACGCAAACGAGUUCACCGUCUCGACGAAACAAAACGACGCCGGCUGGAACCGGGAGGAUCCGAAGAGCCUGGUCCGUUUCGUCCCGUCGUCGAACACGAAGCAGCGGCUCCGCUGGCGGGGCAUCUGGAUCCAGUGCGAGUUCGUCAUCGGGUACGAGGACGGCAACGGGCGCACCUCCGGCGGGUCGAUCAACCUAAUGAUCCACUCGUCCGAUCGCGACGUUCUCAAGCAGUUUGUCGAGGCUGCGAAGGAGCAUUACACCCAGGCGUCGAUCUCCAGGGUCACUGUCCAUCUGACGGACAAUUACGGCUCCUGGGCGCGCGCGGUCACGAAAAAUCGCAGGGGCUUCGCGACGCUCAUUUUACCGGAUGGGAUCAAGGAGAUGUUGCUGAAAGACGCGAAGGAGUUUCUCGCGAGCGAGGAGUGGUAUACGUUUGCCGGCGUCCCACACCGGAGGGGGUAUCUGCUCUAUGGGGAACCCGGCACCGGUAAAAGUUCAACCAUUCACGCUCUUGCUGGUGAACUCGGGUUGGAAAUCUACUUUAUCUCGUUGGCUUCACCGGGUAUCGACGACUAUUCGUUGGGACGUCUGAUUCGAGAUACCCCUUCGCGUUGCAUUCUGCUCCUCGAAGAUAUCGAUUGCGCGUUCCCCUCGCGUGAUGAGGACGACGACGACGACCCUUUGCUUGACUCGAAGGGCAAUCCCGUGCCGCGAGAGCCGAUACCCCCGCGGUCGCAAGUCACUCUUUCUGGACUGCUCAACGUUUUGGACUCGGUCGCGAGCGAAGAAGGGCGACUCGCAUUUGCAACAACCAACCACAUCGAGCAACUCGACCCGGCACUGAUCCGGCCGGGCCGCAUGGACGUGCGCGUCCAAUACGGGCUCGCGACGAGCGCCCAGAUCGAACAGAUGUUCGAGCGCUUCUUCCCGUACGACGAGGAGAUCAUACCCACGGACGACUUCGAGCCGCGUAUCGGGUGCUAUUUCGACCAAAAGACCGGCGAGCGUCUUUCGGCGUCAACACUGUCGGCGUGGGCGAAGGAGUUCGCGGGCCAGAUCCCCGCGGCGCGGUUCUCCAUCGCGCAGCUGCAGGGCUACCUGCUGAACGCGAAGCACGAUCCGCGGGCGGCAGUGGACGGCCUCCAGGCCUGGAUGGAGGAGCAGGAGCGACAGAAGAAGGAGCUCGAGGCCUUGAAGAAGAAAAAGCGGCGGGAGGCGGCGGCUAGACUUGAGGCGGAACGGUUGCUGGAGGAGAGGGAGGCUGCGGCUGGGAAUGCCAGCCAGUCUGCUCCGGAGGAGGAGCCCGUCGAGGUGCAGGCCGAGUAGAUCAGUGGGUUUGAUUCGGUGUGAGAUAGAGCAUGAUGUAUGUAUCAAUGGCCCCAUAAUAUACUGGCCAGCAGUCCAUUAGAGACACUCCGGAAUUGUUCACGAGUCAACUUCUCGCAGCUCGCUCAAACGAUCAGAGUCUCUGGAGAUUUUCA